UAUCUGUCUCUCUGUCUGUCGGUAGCCAGCGGUGUUUCCCAAGUCGAAAUUAAACUCGAAGAUAUCUCUACACAGAAACGGCGGAAUACACAUCCCCACAUCUCUGGUCCCACUGAAACUAUCCUCUGAACAUGGCGCCGCUCAUCACGCACCUGUACACGGCGGACCCGUCGGCGCACGUGUUCGAGGGCCGCUUGUACAUCUACCCGUCGCACGACCGGGAGACGGACAUUGCGUUUAACGACAACGGCGACCAGUACGACAUGGCCGACUACCACGUCUUCAGCACGUCGUCCCUCGACCCUUCAGCACCGGUAGUCGACCACGGCGUGGUCCUGCGCGCCGAGGACAUCCCGUGGGUGUCCAAGCAGCUGUGGGCGCCGGACGCGGCUUGUAAAAACGGGCUUUACUACCUGUACUUCCCCGCGCGGGACCACGCGGGGGUAUUCCGGAUCGGCGUGGCAGUCGGAAAUUCGCCGACGGGACCCUUCGCAGCCGACCCGGACCCGAUCCCGGGCUCGUACAGCAUCGACCCGGCGGCGUUCGUUGACGCCGACGGCGAGGCAUAUCUCUACUUUGGCGGGCUGUGGGGCGGCCAGCUGCAGUGCUACCAGGGCGGGCUGGGGGCGGACGCGUUCGACGGGGGCUGGCAGGGCGCGCGCGAGCCGACGGGGCCGGGAGCGGUGGCCAUGGGUCCCCGCGUGGCGCGGCUCGCGGGGGACAUGCGGAAUUUUGCCGGGGAAGGGGUGCGGGAGGUGGAGAUUCUCGCGCCAGAAACGGGCGAGCGGCUGGCGGCCGACGACCACCCGCGGCGGUUCUUCGAGGCGGCGUGGAUGCACCGCCGCGGCGACACGUACUACUUCAGCUACUCGACGGGCGACACGCACUACCUGUGCUACGCGACGGGCAGCAGCCCGUACGGGCCGUUCACAUACGCGGGCCGCAUCCUCGAGCCAGUGCUCGGGUGGACCACACAUCAUAGUAUUGUCGAGUUCCAGGGCCGCUGGUGGCUGUUCCACCACGACUGCGAGCUCAGCGGCGGCGUCAACCACCUGCGGUCCGUCAAGGUCAAGGAGAUCUUUUACGACGCUGAUGGUAAGAUUGUGUCGGAGAAGCCCGAGUGAGAGACUAUCCGGUGUCGUUUUGUAGACGAAAGGGUGCGAAGUAGAUGUGCCAUUGUGUGUAUUCUUUUGUCAUUGGUGGAAUAGGGGUAGAGUGAAUAACCGGAUGUAAAUAAAAGAAAACCAACAAGAACAAGGACGCCAAUGAAAUGGCACUACAUGGAAAAAAAAAAUCAGUCCUGCAUUCAUUGGUGCAAUUACAAGUCCAACCCUAUAU